AUGGCUGAGUCUCUUACCCUCCGCGGUGAGCUGCACGGCCACAGGGGCUGGGUGACCGCCAUCGCCCCCCCCCUGGACCCCAACUCCGACCUGCUGGUGACCAGCUCCCGCGACAAGUCGGUGAUCGUGUGGACCCUGACCCGCGGCGAGAAGGAGGACUACGGCUUCGCCCGCCGCUCCCUGCGCGGCCACUCCCACUACGUCCAGGACGUUGUGCUGUCCUCCGAUGCCCAGUACGCCCUGUCCGGAUCCUGGGACGGGACCAUGCGCCUGUGGGACCUGAACAAGGGCACCACCACCCGCCGCUUCCUGGGCCACACCAAGGACGUGCUGUCCGUCGCCAUCUCGGCCGACAACCGCCAGAUCCUGUCCGGCUCCCGCGACAAGUCUAUCAAGCUGUGGAACACGCUGGCGGAGUGCAAGUUCACCGUGGCCGAGCCCGCGGGGCACACCGAGUGGGUGUCCUGCGUGCGUCUGUCCCCUGUGUCCAAGCCGCCGCUCAUCGUGUCGGCCUCCUGGGACAAGACGGUCAAGGUGUGGAACCUGCAGGACUGCAAGCUGCGCGACACCCUGUCCGGCCACCGCGGCUACAUCAACUCCGUCACCGUCUCGCCCGACGGCUCGCUCUGCGCCUCGGGCGGCAAGGACGGCGUGGCCAUGCUGUGGGACCUGUCCGUGGGCAAGCACCUCUACUCCCUGGACGCCGGCAACGUCAUCAACGCCCUGGUCUUCUCCCCCAACCGCUACUGGCUCUGCGCCGCCACCGACCGCGGCAUCAAGAUCUGGGACCUGGAGUACAAGUCGGUGGUGGACGACCUGGACGCGCCGCUGGAGGGCGUGGAGGCCGCCAAGCAGCCCAAGCCCGUGUCCCUGGCCUGGUCCGCCGAUGGCGCCACCCUCUACUCGGGCUACACCGACGGCGUCAUCCGCGUCUGGGCCGUGGGCCGCAGGUGA